AUAUUUGUAAAAAAUAUCAAAAUUCUUAGGUUUUAACCACACUAAAUUUCCAGCUGAACCUUUCCGUAUUCAUAUAUACAUAUACCAAAUGCAGCACAGAAUUUCAAGUCGUGUACCAAAUCCAGAAUCUUUAUUUUUAUUUGAGUUAAACGUUUUCAGCUAUUGCUCUUUAUUUUUACCAAUGCUGAGCCUGAGCUGAGCUGCAAGGGGAUGCGUGCUAAUGCCACACGCCUGUCGGCCAGCUGUUGCCAGCUGACGCGUCCCAGCUUGGACACAGGCUACGCAGAUUGUCGUGCCAGCUUAAAGUUGCCCAAAGAUCGUCACUUUACCUUCGCCGAGCUCUAUACCAUCAACAUGUGCCUGGAAGAAUGCAACUAUAUAGGCUCUGGCUAUAUUGAUGUGGAUCCGCCCUUUCGCCUGGACAUGAGCCGUGUAAAGCAAAACUUGGAGCACAUACUGCCACAGCCAAAAGCCACAACCGUUGCCUUUAUGUUCGAUGCGUAUGCCAAGUGCGAAACCUAUCGCGCACAGCACGCAGCACGAUUUGCGCUGCAUCUGCCGGAUAUUGAAUUCAUUGAGGAGAAGUGCAACCCGUUCGCGUUGCACGUGACCAUCUGUGUGCGCAUCCAUGCGAUGCAGAAGUGCCCCAAGGAGUUCUACUCGCCCAGCGCCCAAUGCCACAUGGCUCAAACUUUCUUUACAAAGUGCGUGGAUGACAUUGAAACGAAUCUUUCGUAGGAGUAUAUACACACACACGCACACACCCAAACACGCAAACGCAGACACACCUCUGGGCAAAAAGCAGCCAAAAGGUGAUACGUGUAAAUGAAAUGUAUUAAAGUUCUGCAUGCAUAUAAAUUCGUGUUGCACCAUCGUGGCGCAAAGAAA